GAUAGCGGCGGCGGCGGCGGCGGCGGCGGCGGCGGGGCCGGGCCGGGGCCAGGCGCUGGGGGGGCUGGGGCCGGAGCUGGAGCCGGAGCCGGAGCUGGAGGCGGGCGAAACUGGAGCGGCCCGGGGCGGCCACGGUGAUGAGCCGGGCCUGGCGGACGCGGCGCCAUCGCAGUCAGAAGGAAGAGGCCCAGCAGAAGGGACUCGCUGAGCCACCCCCCGUCCCACUCCAUGUUGGCUGCGCUCUCAGGCUGGCACCAUGCCCCCCCCUGCAGAGGUGACGGACCCGUCCCAUGCUCCCGCUGUCCUGCACCAGCUCAAUGAACAGCGGCUCCGAGGCCUCUUCUGUGAUGUCACGCUCAUAGCUGGAGACACCAAGUUCCCUGCUCACCGCAGCGUCCUAGCUGCUUCAAGUCCCUUCUUCAGAGAGGCCCUGCUUACUUCAGCCCCGCUGCCCCUCCCACCAGCUACUGGGGGCUCAGCACCCAACCCUGCUACCACCACAGCGGCCUCUUCCUCCUCCUCCUCUUCCUCAUCCUCUUCCUCUUCCUCCUCCUCUGCUUCCUCCUCUUCCUCCUCUUCCUCUUCCUCUCCCCCUCCAGCCUCUCCCCCUGCUUCAUCCCCACCCCGGGUCCUGGAGCUGCCAGGGGUCCCAGCAGCUGCAUUUUCUGAUGUCCUCAACUUCAUCUAUAGCGCCCGGCUUGCACUGCCUGGCGGUGGAGGGGAUGGGGCAGCUGUAGCAGAGAUCGGAGCUUUGGGGCGCCGUCUGGGCAUCUCUCGCCUUCAGGGCCUGGGGGAGGGAGGCGAUGCCUGGGUACCUCCUACCCCAGCCCCCAUGGACACCUCGCAGCCUGAAGAGGACAGCUUUGGGCCGGGGCCCCGGCCAGCUGGGGAGUGGGAGGGUGACAGGGCUGAGGUCCAGGCCCCUGACUUGCAGUGCCCCCUGCCCCGGCGGCCCCUCCCCUGCCCCCAGUGUGGAAAAAGCUUCAUCCAUCCCAAACGGCUGCAGACCCAUGAGGCCCAGUGCCGACGGGGGGCCAGCACUCGGGGGUCUACAGGGCUGGGUGCCGGGGGCGCUGGCCCUGGUGGUCCUGCAGGGGUGGAUGCCUCAGCCCUGCCUCCACCAGUGGGCUUCCGAGGGGGCCCCGAGCACGUGGUGAAGGUGGUGGGCGGCCACGUGCUGUAUGUGUGUGCGGCCUGUGAGCGUUCCUACGUGACCCUGUCCAGUCUCAAGAGGCAUAGCAACGUACACUCAUGGCGGAGAAAGUACCCCUGCCGCUACUGCGAGAAGGUGUUCGCCCUGGCAGAGUACCGCACUAAGCAUGAGGUGUGGCACACUGGGGAGCGCAGGUACCAGUGCAUCUUCUGUUGGGAGACCUUUGUUACUUAUUAUAACCUGAAGACGCACCAGCGAGCUUUCCAUGGCAUUAGCCCAGGCCUCCUCGCCAGUGAGAAGACACCCAAUGGAGGCUACAAGCCCAAGCUUAAUACUCUCAAGCUCUACCGCCUGCUCCCCAUGCGGGCAGCCAAGCGGCCCUACAAGACCUACAGCCAGGGAGCCCCAGAGGCCCCUCUUUCUCCAAGCCUCAACACACCGGCUCCAGUGGCAAUGCCAGCCAGCCCACCACCCGGGCCCCCACCUGCCCCAGAGCCUGGCCCUCCACCCUCAGUCAUCACUUUUGCUCACCCAGCCCCCUCUGUCAUUGUCCAUGGGGGCAGCAGCAGUGGUGGAGCGGGGAGUGGGACGACCAGCACAGGAGGGUCCCAAGCUGCCUCUGUUAUCACUUACACUGCGCCCCCAAGGCCACCCAAGAAACGAGAGUACCCACCUCCUCCCCGUGAGCCUGCAGCCACGCCCACCAGCCCAGCCACAGCGGUCAGCCCAGCCACCGCCGCAGGCCCAGCCACAGCCACCGCCACGGAGGAGGCCAAGGGCCGGAAUCCACGGGCUGGAAGGACCCUGACUUACACAGCCAAGCCCGUGGGUGGGAUGGGUGGAGGUGGGGGUCUCCCCACAGGGGCUGGCCGGGGCCCCUCUCAGCUGCAGGCUCCACCUCCACUGUGUCAGAUCACUGUGCGAAUUGGUGAGGAGGCCAUUGUCAAGCGCCGCAUCUCAGAGACUGACCUGCGUCCUGGGGAGCUGAGCGGAGAGGAGAUGGAGGAGAGUGAGGAGGACGAAGAGGAGGAGGAGGAAGAGGAGGAGGAGGAGGAGGAGGAAUCCAAGGCUGGCGGGGAGGACCAGCUCUGGAGGCCCUACUAUUCCUACAAGCCUAAGCGCAAGGCUGGAGCUGCGGGAGGUGCCAGUGCCGGGGGCGGGGGGCUGCCCCGAAGCCGCAGGCCACCACGCUGGAGGCAGAAGCUGGAAAGGAGGAGCUGGGAGGACACCCCAGCGGCUGAGAGCCCAGCGGGGCGUGCCCGUACAGAGCGGAGGCACCGCUGCGGCGACUGUGCCCAGACCUUCGCCACCUUGAGAAAGCUACGAAAGCACCAAGAGGCCCACGGCGGUGGCUCCCACAGCUCCCGCACCGGACGAAGGCCCUCCACCCGAUUCACCUGCCCCCACUGCGCCAAGGUGUGUAAGACUGCAGCUGCCCUGAGCCGCCACGGGCAGAGGCAUGCUGCUGAGCGGCCCGGGGGUACCCCCACGCCUGUCAUUGCCUAUUCCAAGGGCAGUGCCGGCACCAGGCCCGGGAAUGUCAAAGAGGAAGCCCCCCAAGAGAUGCAAGUCUCCUCCUCCAGCGGUGAGGCAGGCAGUGGGAGCACUGCUGCUGAGGAAGCUUCCGAGACUGCCUCACUCCAGGACCCUGUCAUCUCAGGGGGUGAGGAGCCCCCAGUGGUGGCAGGUGGGGGCAGCUACCCAUACCCACCUGUGCAGGAAUUUCCACUGGCUUUGAUUGGGAGUGGCCGGGAACCUGGUGGUGGCAGGGGAAAACCUGGGGGUGAGGGGCCAGCGGGGGCUGGUGAUGGGGACCGGAUGGAGGGGAUAGGGGCUGCCAAAGUUACUUUCUACCCUGAGCCCUACCCGCUUGUCUACGGCCCCCAGCUCCUUGCCGCCUACCCUUACAACUUCAGUAACUUGGCCGCUCUCCCAGUUGCUCUCAACAUGGUCCUACCUGAUGAGAAGGGUGGGGGGGCCCUUCCUUUCCUACCAGGGGUCUUUGGCUACGCAGUGAAUCCUCAAGCAGCACCCCCUACCCCACCAACACCACCUGCCCCAACUCUUCCUCCACCAAUUCCCCCUAAGGGAGAAGGGGAAAGGGCAGGGGUUGAGAGAACCCAGAAGGGUGAUGUGGGGUGAAUCCUGGGGCUCAAUCCCCCUUUCACCAGAUGCCACCCUCCCUGAACCCCCCACCACUACCAGCUCCCUGGCCUCCCUGCCCCUUGGGAGCCCCUCCACACUCUUGUGCAGGGACUUGGGGGCCCCUGGAGCUCAGGGGUCAGGCUGCUUUGUGUGAGAUUGUAGUUUUCCCACCUCCUGGGAAGGGAUCUUUCGUGGUUCCCCUCUCAGUCUUCCUCCAGGGAAUGGCCUCCAUGAGGGGCAGGGCCAGCUUCCCCCCUUCUCCAGCCCUUGGGGCAACUGAGCAAUAUACUUAACCUGAAUCUCUACUCACAGCCCCCACCAGCUCUGAAUGUCUAACCUGCUCCCCGAUUCGUAAACCUAGGGGGAAACCAUCUCUCUCACCUGAUGACCCCCACUUGUUCUGAAGCUUUCUCUAAGCCCUUUCCAGAUGCUUCCUAGCACAUUCCAUUCUUUGUGGCCCAGGGCCUGGACCAGACCAUUGUGAUACCUGACCCCACCCACCUGGGAGUGUGGUUUUGGGUUCCAUCCUUCCCAAGUGUGGGUCUCCAAGUCCCUGCUUCCCUUGCAUCAAGACGCCUUCCUCGGCUUUCAUGCCUUUGGAUCUUCCAUGUUCAUCCCCAUAUUGCUGGACUUUGGAGAUGGCCUCUCCCAACCCAGGUCCAGGAAGUUUGGGGAGGGCUGCCCCUCUGGGCUGCUUGUUCCAUGGCUGGGUACUUUCCCAGUCCAGGGCAGGGAAAUAUUGGCCCUAUCUUGACACCCAAAUCCAGUGAGCUCCAGAUUCUUCCAAGGCAAAAGAGGUGAGCAGAUCACACCUCUUUCUGCCUCUACAUAUGGCCUCUUCUGGGCCAAACCAGAUUUGGGGGCCAGGAGGGAAGAACUCCUUAUGGGAUGGAGAAGGGAAUCUACUUUAUCCCUGUUUUUUUCCUGAUGGUGUCUCCCAGACUAGACCAAAUAGCCAGAAAAAUGAUAGGGGUCGGUUGGGUGGGUAAGCCCAGGAUUUGCACAUGACCUUGAUCCUUACCUGUAUUCCCGUCUUCCCAGUGUCACUCCCCUCACCAGUCACUCCAAAUGGUUUGGGGGGAACCAUUCUACUCUUCUGGUGGGCUUUGGGGUAUCCCCACCAACUUUCCCUCCAAAAUAGCACCUUACACCCCAUCUUUGACUCAGUUCCCCACACCCAAAGAUCCCAGCCUAGGGAUGGGGUACAGGGACUUUAGUCCCUAAUCCCUAAUUUGCACUAGUUAACCCUGGUCAGGGGUCCCUGUAUUUCCUUCCAGUGGGGGAGAUGAAGAAAUGUUUGUUCCUAAUGCUCUUUGAAAACUGGGCUUCUCUGCUCUGUGAUUGGAUAAACAUUUCCCAUUCUACCCACCUCCCCCCAAAAAAUAGCUCACAAGGGGAGAGCCAGUUUGGGGGAGCAAAUUUGACAAAUGGGAAUUAGAGGAGUGCAGUUUUAAAAGGAAAAGUUGCUGUCAUCAAAAUGACAGCCUUUUCCCCAGCUACUGUUUUUUGGGGCCAAAAUGGCUGCCCUAGCAGGAAUCACUGCCCAGGGCAAGAUCAUGGCUUUUGGAGGGAGGUGAGUUUAGGGAGGGCCAGGACCAUCCUCCUGCCCCUCAUACCCUCCCAGCAUAUACAAAGGGGGAGGUUUUAGACAGGCUCCCUGAAUGUUAACCAUAGAGGAGUCUCCUUCAUUCCUCCUCUGUCUCUUUGCACUUUUAUUGGUCUUGGCCACAGCCUGAGUGAUGAAUUUCCUACUGAAUGUACCAAGUUCCAAUUUUUAAGGGGGGAAAAAGUAUCAAACAGGGAAAAAUGCAAAAAAAAA